AUGGCUCAAUUAACUGAAAUAGGUGGAAUUGAUAAAUUUAAUUGUUCCGGUGAUCCGACGAAAUUAGCAACAAGAUGGCUGAAAUGGUUACGUUCAUUUGAAUUAUAUGCUGAAGGUAAAGGAGUCACGGAUAAUCGUCAAAAGAAAUCGUUAUUGUUGCACUGUGGUGGAAUAGAAAUGCAGGACAUUUUCUUUACUUUUGAAAUCCCUGAUCCAGGAGAAGAAAUAGACAUGAACUUUCAACAUGAUGAGUUAGCUAUUCGUGAUGUUGAUUCCGAAAGAAAAGGAAAAGGGAAACUAUAUACUGACGAGAAAAGGAAAGUGUGUGAAAGUGAUUUAAAAACAGGUGAUUUAGUUUUAUUGAAACAGAAACCUGAAAACAAAUUAAUGCCAAAUUUCGAAACAAACCCAUAUCGUGUUAUUUCUAAAUAUGGAAGUGCUGUCACUGUUGAAAAUAAUAAUGGUGUGCGUUAUAAAAGAAAUUCAACACAUGUGAAAAAGUUUAUCGAGAAAUUAAAUACGACUCAAAGUGGAAAUAAUAGUUUUCAAAGUGUUAAUGUACCAACUGGUGCUCACUCGGAUUCAGUGUUCGAUUAUAAUAGUUUAGAUGAUAUUAUUGAAGAUGAUUCAAUAGUCCGUUUUGAUAAUAAUGUGAAUCGUAAAAAUCAAAAUAUUGUGCAAAAUCGUGAUAAUCAAAAUAGAAAUGUUAGUGAAAAUUAUAAAAGUGCUAAUGUGAAAUCUAGUCAAAAGUGUAAAACACCAAAUAAAACUGUGUCCAAUAAAAUUACAAAGGAAACAAAUAGCGUAUCUCAAACAACAAAUUCUAACAUUGGAAAUAAUAACUCAACUGAUCAAAAUUCAGAAAUUCAAAUAAACACUAGACCAACUAGACUUAAAAGAAUGCCAGAUAGAUAUACAGACUAUAAGAUGGAUAAAUAA